CCCUAUUCCCAAUCCUCAUCCGCAUCCUCGACCCCAGCAUCGUCGUCGUCCUCGUACACUGAGUACUUGGUCGUCACCCACUCAAACCAACGCCUCCACUCAAAGACCAUGGCCUCUCCCUCUGCCGAGGCAGGGCCGUCGACUGGCUACAUCGACGACACGCCCAAUUUCUCACCACAAUCCCUCGACCUCAUCAGCCGGAUCCAGGAGCGAGCAUGGCGCAGGACCCUUGGAGAAGGCAAGAAAAGCAGGCGCAGCCGAAAGAGUAAAAGCGCCACUCACUUAGGCCGCGGUACGUACGACAGUGAUGGAGACGACGACGACGACGUCUCCUCCCUUGCCUCCUUGGACGAGACUGCUUCGAUCACUACGCAUAGCAACUCGCAGAGCUGGCCAUCAGACACUUACCAAGAGAGUGAUGAUUAUGAUCAGGAGCAACAGUGGAGAGAGGCAAUGGAGCAGAUAGAUUUGGCAGUGCGCAUCGUCCUCUGCCCGCUCUUUGGCAAAUACAUGGGAAGGCAGUGGGCACUUUGGGCUUUUUCCAGAUAUCAGAAUCACGGAGGUCUCACUAUGCGCUUCUUCGGUCUCAAUUGGGUACCCGAGACAAUCGUACCCAGUUGGCUUGCCAUCUUUAGUCUCAGUACCGGCGGCGCCUGAGGACAUGAAGAGCACUACGUAGGCAGGCCAGACAGACAGUAUCGGAUAUGAAAAGCAGGGAAAAAUGAACGGCGGAUACGAUGUAAUAUAUAAGAAACGGCUCAAAUUUUGCGAGGGCUUCUCCUCACAGCUUCAAUUGAUACCCCACUCAUAAUACCUGACGGUGCGUUCUGGUACCCGCAGUGUCCUUUAACGAGCAUCGAAGUACGGCAGUCUUGCGCUCAUUUGCAACC